UCAUCACAUUCUUAGCUUGGUGAAUUGAAUUCAAGUAUUUCGAGAGUCUCUUGCAACAUGUCUCGAAUUUGGCAGUUACUCAUCCUCUUGGUAGUGUUAAGGUCUGUGGAGGGUUCGCACAACAGUUCUAGGGUUGAAGAGGAGUUCCUGGUUCCACAGAAUGAGGCAAGAAAGGAAGUUGGGGUUCCACCGCUUUCAUGGAGCCGCAAGCUUACCACUUAUGCUCGUAAUUAUGCGAGAGAGAGAAGGGGCGACUGCCUUGCUCAACGUUCAGAAGGAUCUCCCUACGGUGAAAACAUAUUCAGGGGCAGUGGCAAACAUUGGAAACCCGAGCAAGCAGUAAAAGCGUGGGUGGAGGAAAAGAAGUGGUAUCAUUAUUCUAGUAAUACUUGUUUAGGCCCUGACUGCUCUCACUACACUCAGAUCGUUUGGCGUACUACUACUAGCGUCGGUUGUGCUAUAAUCAAAUGUAACAGCGGUGAUACUUUCAUCACCUGCAACUAUGACCCACCGGGUAACUAUGCUGAUUCCAGGCCUUAUUGACAUAUUAAUACAGCCAAUUGGCGAUGGUAUCUAUAAUGUCUGCUGCAAAUAGUAGCUAAAUAAUCUGGGCUAUCCGUUAUUCCCAAUAUGAAUAUAUUAUUGUAAUUGUCAU